AUGAAAGGCAGCAAGAAGGGUCUAUGCUGUGUGCCCAGCAUGCCCUCAAUUCUCUUCUUCUUCACUGCGCCAGACCUUUCUGACAUUGCACGAAGCCUUGACUCGCUGGAAGAAAGCUAUGACGACAGCAAUACAGGACAGACAAGCACAAAUAUGGAUGACACAGACUCACGUAUUCUCGAAAAUAAGCCUCACAAGAUGGCGAGGAGAAGAAAUGCGUCCAUACCAAGAUCACCCACAACAACCGACAUGAUUGGACCCUACUUAAGGACGCAACUUGCAUUUAUUCUGAACCUGGAGCAACAUUGGUUCACACUACGUCGAUUUGGAAAGGCCAGCCCCAAUAUAGACCUAGACGAAGGGGAUGGCCAUUGGUUUAACCUGAAUUCAUUCCUUCCCGCUCCGGAAUGGGUAGGUAAAUUAUAUCUAGGUAUGGUUUUGCAACAAGCAGAAACGGAAGGCUACUCUGUAUUCGCCGUGACACAAGCCAACCCUGAUGCACCAUUAGCCCUUCCGCGAACAGAGGCAGACAUAAUUGCAUCAACACUCCCGGAACCUACUUCUGCCACUUCCAGCGUACGCCUUCGAACAUCCCAUGAUACUGUCAAACACACGAACACACUCCCGGCACAUUCUGGAGAUCUCAAUCUGGAUGAAGAGGAUCUGGAAUUGCAGGCCGCGUUGCAAGCAUCACUUAUGGGCGUGGAACAACAUGGUGAAGUCGAAGAGAACGAAGAAGAUGACGAAGGCCUGGCGUCAGCUGUGUUAUCUCCUGUAGGAUUUGGCACUCCCCAAUUUCAACACACUUUAAGGUCGGCCACAUCUGCGGUUGGUUCUGGGUCACGAACGAGCCAACCGCCUUCUUUCAGUGAAUCUCCUGAUAGUGGGCAGGCAGAUUUAGACCCUAUUGCCGCAAGCAUGGAGAGAAAUAGAUUUCUACUUCAGAGAAUGAAGCGACAGCAAGAAUUUGCACAGAGAGAAAUGUGGAGUGAGUCGGAUCUGACACCGGAAGAGCAAAUUGCAUUAGCAGAAAGGAGAGAGCGAAGGAGGAGGCAAGAAGAAGAAGAAGAAGAAGAACUACGGCGAGCCAUUGAAGAAAGCCAAGCUCUCGCCGAGGAACAACGUUUAGGGAAAGGGCGUGACCCUAUGGACGUCGAUUCUCCGAGCAAAGAUUACCUUUCUACCUCCAAUUUCGUAACAUAUGACGAUGGGGAUGCAGAACUUCAAGCAGCACUCAAAGCCUCUUUGGAGCAUCCUUUAUCGCAACAAGCUCAGACAUCUACCUCAACAGACGAUGCGGAGUCGGUACUUUCUGAUACUACUAGUGCCAUGGAAGAUGUUUCUGCUUCAGCAACUACCCCGACCUUAGAUGAAAUUCGGCAACGCCGUCUUGCUCGCUUUGGUUAG